AUGGCUUUCUAUAUAUGUGACUAUGCAGCACAGUUGGUUGGGCUUUACCAACAGCUCUGGAUAUUAUGUGAAACCAGCAAUGCAGAAAAUCAAUGCUUGAAGGAAGCAGUGAAGCAUCUAGAGAGCUCCAAUACGCGACUCCGGGAGGAGAAUUAUCAGAUGGCACGCGCCAAUGCCAACCAGGGGGUGCUCUUGCGCUACUCUAUAGAGGGCAUUUCAGCAUAUCCGGGAUGGAAUUUUGGAGAUUUUCAAACACCUGAAGAACUCUCGGCAGAAGGGAUCAAAUACCACAUCAGUGGGCAGAUUAGUUGUGGAGCAGAAGGAUGA